UUUCAAAUGUUAAAUGAACAUACCCAUACGUAUUCAGGUACUGUACAUUGAAUAAUGAGCCACUUCUGAUAUUUACAUCAAGGUCACAGUGUUACUGUAGGAGUUUGAACUUUUUUGAGAUAGCGUGUUUGUUUGCAAGUGCAUGUUGUUGGUCUGGUCAUUGUCGGCUCUUGUUUAGAACAGAAAAAUGGCUACCGAUUGCAUGAAGCGCACCUCCGGGGGAUAUACGGUGUACGGUAAAGAUUAUUUCAAGGAAGGGACGGGGUUGUUCCCCUUCUUUCAUCCUGCUGCAUUUACAGAUGAGUGUAAAAAUCUAGAGAUUCGAGACGAUGACUUAUUCUUCUCAGGGUGGCCUAGAACAGGGAAUCACGUUUGCAUAGAGCUAAUACAAUGUGUGCAGAAUAAUGGCGAUUUGGAAUGGUUGAAGAAUACACAUAUACAUGAUCGCAUGGUUAUGUUAAGCAUGGAUAAAGCGUUUUUUCAGAGCAAACUUGCAAUUACGGAAUAUGGGGAGAACCCGCUCAUUCCUCUAGCAAAAUCCUCAUCUCCUCGUUUCAUAUGGGGGCCUCACCAUGCUUAUGAAUUUUCUCCAAGAGGAUUGCAAAAGCCUAAAAAAUGUAAGGUAAUAAUUGGCUACAGAAACCCCAAAUCAUCUUGCUACAGUAAGUAUUUAUUCAUGCAAGAAUGGGUGAAAUCCGGUCUAUUUUCUGAACAAUUCUCUUGGGAGGACUACAUGGCUGUUUGCCUUACAGGAGACAGCAUCAAGUAUGUUGGUAGCGGCGGUACUUGGUUUGACUUUUACAAACAGUGGUGGGAAAAUAGAAACGAAAAUAUGUAUUUUCUUUGUUUUGAACGGAUGAUAAAGGAUUGUCCUACAGUUAUAAAGGAACUUGCGAAUUUCUUGGGGAAAUCACUCACCGAUGAACAAGUGAAGACGAUAGCAGAUCAUAUCAAAUUUGACAACCUCAAAGAAAGUGAUGCAUUUGGAAACGCAUUUGAACAGAUAAAAUCACUUAAAGAAGGUCAAUCUUCACACAUGAGGAAAGGUACCAUCGAUGACUGGAAGAAUAACUUUACAGUGGCCCAAAGUGAACAGUUUGACAGGCUGUAUGAAGAGAAAAUGAAGGGCAUUGGGUUUCCUGAACAAAUAUACGAAUAGGACUAAAUUGAUUAGUUGUCGCUUUAACUUCUACGUUGAUCACGGACUAAAAGAGACGCAUAUGUAUAUUGCAAGGUUGCAAAUGACAACUUGUCUCACUUGAGACGCUUCAUUCUAUCUUUAUAACUUUUAAUUAUGUGACUAGGAUAACUAUACAAAAUUAUUGUUUUUGUGAGACACAUAAUAUCUUUUUUUAAAUUCAUGUAUGUAUUUCUGUUUUUAUAACUUUAUUGACAUCAUUUUACAAUACUACAAUAUCUGCGAAGAAUGAUAUAAUUU